AUGUCGGACUGGGAGGAGGCCGGUGGGAAGACCCAGGACGCGCUGGAGAGACCACGUCCCUCGGUGGAGAAUUUAUUACAAAUGGCGUUCUUCGGCCUGGCGGCGGUGAGCGACCUCCAUCAAGAGGAGACCAAGAGCAGUCUGCACAGAUGGAAAGACCUCCUCUUCUCUGUCUUUGCUUUUCCUGUCGGCAUGUUUGUAGUUCUGCUUUUCUGGACAAUCUUCGCCUUCGACAGAGAAUUAGUGUACCCGGCCACCAUCGACACCUUUUUCCCUCCUUGGAUGAACCACGCUAUGCACACAUUUGUCGUUCCUGUUUUACUUGGAGAAGUGCUGCUGCAGCCGCACACCUACCCAAAGACGAAACCUGCCCUCACAGCGUUGGGAGUCGUGGGUUUGGCUUAUUUGUCUUGGAUAAUCUGGGUGUAUUUGUCAGUAGGAAUCUGGGUGUACCCCCUCCUGGGGUAUUUCAGCGCCGCUGGUCUGAUGGGCUUCUUCUUGUUCAACAUGUCGGUGGUGACCUUACUCUACCUGCUCGGGGAGGAGCUCGACAGUCGUGUCUGGAGUAAGGCAAAGUCACCGCGCGUUUUUCUCAUUUUCAUUCUGUGCAUUUCUAUUGUUUACAUUUCUGUGGUUUUUGUCUCUAUUCCAGGAAAGAACAAAGCAAAGGACUGA